GCUGGUAGCGAGCGAGCGAGCGACGCUGCUCCUUGCCUGUACCACGAGCUACGGUACCACUGCCUCCCUCGUUCCUUUUUCCCACUACCAUCGCUAUAACUUCAUCGCCAAGCUCAUUAGCUGCUCUUCGUCUCCCGAGCUGUGUUGCUCCUGCGCUAAUGCUUGGAUUCUUGAUAUAAAUACGUGCAUCCAGCCACUGGCCUUCUCCCACCACCAACAUAGCCCUUCUCUGCUCCUAGCAUAGUCCAUACUCAGCUUCUAGCUUUUCUUUGCCUGCUGCCUGUGAGACAAGAUCAUGGAGAAGGCGAGGCGGCCGCGGCACGUGCCGGCGUUUGGGGAAUGGAACUACUACUCCUCUUCCUCCUCCCCGAACGAGCUGGAGCUGCCGCCCUCCGGCGGUGCCGCGCCGGCCGACUGGUGGUACGCGCCGGAGCCGGAGGCCUGCAGCGACGUCUGGUUCAGGUACUCGCCGCCCCCGCGCAAACCUGCGCCCAAGAGGGUGCGGAGGCGGGAGGUCCGAGGCGUCGAAGUAGCAGCAGCAGAGAAGCUGUGCUACAGCGGCGGGAAGGGGCGUGUUCCGGCGGCGCGAGCGAGGGCUUCGGACUCGGACAAUGCAGGCGGGGUGGUGGAGGGGCGCGCGCAGGCGAAGGGCGCCCGCAAGGUGUUGAGGCCCGUGGAUGAGGACCUGUACCGGGUGCCCCCGCCGGACUCUGUCUCCGGCCGGCCAAGACGGAAGAGAGCGGCGAGGAGCUUGUGGAUGGGUUGCUUAGGCGUCAACUGCGUCGCCUGAAGCAACACCACCAGCAAGCUAUAGCCUCUGGAGUAGUGCUAGCUAGUAGAGCUGUGCCAUUUUCUUCUUUGCUCUCUAACCGGAGGUCAGCUCAGUAUGUGCCAUGCCUUGUUAGCUUGGUGCUUGAUGGUAUAGCUACCAACUAAGAAACACUAGCACUAAUAUUCAGCGGUUUUUUUUAACUAUGUAGAAUUCUGGAUGGGUGGAAUACAGGAUCUUGUCAUCUGGUUUGAGUGUGCAACCUGGUCUUAGACUCUUAGUAGUGAUAUAAGUCAGCAAUUUCUUUUACGCUAUAUUGUUCCUGAUCAGUCUUGAACUCUUUCUUGACUAUAGCUUACAAGGUUUUCUUGGGGAGUUUGUUUCUUGCAAAUGCUUCGUUUCUUGGAAUCGUUUCCAUCCGCACAUACCUGAUGUCUAUCGAAAGUUCAAAACAACUCUUCUCGGCUCUGCGGCUCUGCCUCACCAAUGUGACGUGCUUUUA